GCAUAUAGCUUGGAAAACCACAACCAUCAUUUCAUUUUAGCCAUGUAAGUCUUCGACCCUAUUCUGACACUGCCGAGGGCACCUUCCCUGUGCCAAUUUGCAGCGUGCCCCCUGCCUGCCUGCGCAAAUCGCCAAAGGCCACCACGGGACACCUCGAGGCCGCCUGAUGUUGUUGCCAGAGGGGGUGGCAUGGACGGAAGGCACGUCGGAAAAGAAGACCCGCGCAACCGGAGACCCGCGAUGGGACCUUGUCUCGCGUGCAGCGGGGAAGGGGGGCCGCCCAACCCGUGCAGGGACCGCCGGGGGGGGGGGGGGGGGAGCCGUCGAGUGGCCGCUCUGCAUAAGAGGCCGGCCUUGCGCUGCUGCUGCUGCUGCGAUGGGCGGGCGGGGUGGGCGCGCUGGCCCGGGCUCCCCGGGGAUUAUCGCGCUUUACAUAACGGGCCAGCCAUGGGAGCCGCCGGCAGCAGCGGAGGGGAGCCGCGCCCGCUCGAGGGCGCCCGCUCGCUGCCCGCCGCCUGGUGGGCGCGGGCCUGGAGGAGCAUCCUUGCCAACGUGGGCCCCCCUCUGCUGGGUGCCAACGCGGAGCGGCGGGCCCUGACCGAGGAGGAGGCGCAGGUGGCGUCGGAGCGGGGCCUGCCCCAGGGCGUCGCCCUCUUCUUGCCGGAAUUCCCCAUCCGGCCUCCCCUGGGACCGAGCCAGCUCAAGGUGCUGGGCUUGGUGGCCAAGGGCUCCUUUGGCACGGUGCUUAAGGUCCUGGACUGCCAGCAAGAGCGGCUCUUUGCCAUCAAGGUGGUGCCAAAAACGGAGGUGCUUCGCCAGGAUGGCCUGAAACAGUGUAAGGAUGAGGUCAGCAUCCAGAAACAGGUGAGCCAUCCGUUUGUCCACUGCUUAGGGGACAGCUGGCAGGGGCAGCGCCAUCUCUUCAUUAUGUGCACCUAUUGCAGUACCGGAGACCUUUACACCUUCUGGAAGUCCGUGGGCCCUUUUUCUGAAAGCAUCAUCCGCUUGUUUGCCACAGAGCUGGUUCUGGUGCUAGGGUAUCUUCACAACCUGGGCAUUGUGCACCGCGAUGUCAAGAUGGAAAAUAUACUCCUGGACGAACGAGGGCACUUGAAGCUGACUGACUUUGGCCUUUCCCGCCAUCUGCCUUGGGGCAAAAGGGCCUACACCAUCUGUGGGACCCUCCAGUACAUGGCCCCUGAAGUACUGAGUGGGGGUCCCUAUGCCCACGCUGUUGAUUGGUGGUCUCUGGGUGUCCUGCUGUUUGCCCUGGCUAGUGGGAAGUUUCCAGUUGCUCCAGAGAGAGAUCACAAAGCCAUGCUCCGGAGUGUGCAGGGUUGCAACUAUGCCUCUCCAGCUACUCUCAGUUUAGGCCUGCGUCUUCUCCUCAGUGAGCUCCUGUGUCCGGAUCCACAGCGCCGCCUGCGCUACCCCCACCACUUCCGCGGCCACCUCUUCUUCCACGGAAUGACUUUCGAUGCCGAACUGUUGCAGAAGCAGCCGGUGGAUUUUGUGCUGCGCCUGCGGCAAGCCAAGGACCCCGUUCUGGAUGCCGCCGCCUUUGCCGAUUUUGACUGUGACCUCUUGAGCCCCGGAAGUCAGCCCUGGCCUGGCUGAGGCUUCUGGGUAGGGGUUCUGGGUAGGGGAAGGGGUAUGGGAGGCUCUGAUAGGCCAUGAGCUAUCUUGACAAGGAGCAUCCAGUUCUCAGGAAACUAGUGGAAUAUCAGCCGGGGAGGCCUGUCUGGCUGACCUUUGCCCAGGGCAACUGAGCUAGGGCAAUUUCCUUCCUCGCACUUCUUCCAUCUUUAAAGGCUUUCAGAUAAGGCAUCUGUGCUUGAAGAUUCUUGGCAGGGGCGUAAGGAGGGAAAAACGAGACAAUUGCACCAGUGGGAGUAGAGAAAGGGGCAAAUAGCAGUAGUUGCUGAUGGCCGCUUCUUGCUUCGUUACAUCAACCUUGUUACAGGAAGCAUGUCUUCCCUGUUGCUUUCUGGGGCAGCCAACCACAAGGAUCUCGGGGAUGCCUGCCUGGCCCCCUCCCUGCACUAGCAGGGGUGCUGGAAAUAGGCUCCCCCCACCAACUUCUUGCCAAUAACGCAGAUGCCAUUGGCCCCACUUUGGGAAACUAGGGAUACACGGGGUCUUCUCGGCAAUUAGAUGCAAAAGGGGCAACACAGGCCAGCAUAGGUUGGAGAGUUUGUAGGUCUUUGGACUUCUCUGAAUCCCUCCGUGAGUGGAAUGAAAGACAUAGCAGUAUUCUGCCAUUUCCUACUUUUGUCUAAUACUGAAGAGGCCUGUGAAACCCAGAAGCUUGCAUUUUCCUGUGUUAUCCUAAAGGGUAGUCAUUGUUUUUCAUCCUUUUUAUAUGAGAUAAAAGAUGUGUGAUUUCUACGGUAGGUGACUUCCUUCCCGUCCUCAAGUUAUUCUGUGCCAACCCCAGUGGAAGGAGUCAGCUUUGAUUCUUCUCCCUGUUAACCAGAAUAUGGAGCUGUCGGCAGUCUGUUUGGGGCUUUUUUUUUGUUCUUUAUGCAAGCAAGCAAUAAAUUUUUUCCAUCUGUGGUCA